UUUUAAUAUACUGUGCCACAAAGAAUUACAAUUUCUAAUUCACUACCAGUAUUAAUUUAAUGCCAGUAAAUAUGUAGGUAGUUAGAACGAAAUGCCUAAAUAGGUACGUGGCUGCAUGGUCCACGACCUUUGCUUUUCCUGAAGGCUGAAGGGGAUAAAAAAAAAAACUAAAUAGGUAGAGCUUGUCUAUUUUCUAUUUUGAAUUUGACAUGACGCGCCCCACCACCUUUUAACGUAUUUUAAAUUUUUUUCUUGCAUUGUCAAUUUGCUGCUAAGUUCGACUGACUCUCUUUUAUUUAUCAAAUUGAUUUAUUAUAUUAUUAAAGUGUUAAAUUAUUUCAUUGUUUGUUAUUCUUAUUUUAUAUAAUAAUAACAUAAGUGAUUUUAAUUUUGUGAGUUAAUUGAAGUGAAUAAAAACCAUAUAGGUUUAUUACCAUGGAACUAAUGGAAGAACCAGAGUGGUUAGCAAUUCUACGCCAGGACGUUUUAAUAGAAACGCGCGAUAGCCAAAUAUUGGGGGAUACCACAUUGGGAGUAGUAGGCCGUUCUGCAAUCUGGUCCCUCUGCAAAGAAUUCCGUUAUAACAGUCUGCGUGCCAUGUCCCAAACGGUGCGCAUAUAUGAACGGCUGUUUGCAGGUGCUCUAUGGCACGGUCUAUACGACGAUAUAGACAUUGCUUUGGAUUCGAUGAAAUCGCAGGUGCUGUUAAUUUUAUCGUGCUGCUUCAUGCUAGCAGUUAAAUCGCUGCAAUCCGCUGCUCCUAUUCGCCCUUCACAUAUACAGAAGUACCUGAACAGUCUUGGAUGGCAGGUCACCGUACAGGAUGUUAUCCUAACAGAAAGAAAUAUAUUUGAAAUUAUAGACUGCCACGUGCCGAUAUACUCCAGCCCGGAGAUGGCUGAGCUAUUGGCCGUUAAAGUGGUGUUGCUGCCUUCGGCGCUGCCAGAACUCCGCCAGAUCCUGCGUUUAGCCGAGUUUCGAAGAAAAGAGUUGGAGUUUGAAGUGCGCUGGGUGUCCGCGUAUCAUCGCGUUCAUUAUGGUCACCCGCGCGUCCGCACAGCGCACCUUGCUGCGGGAUGUGUCGGGCUGGUGGUCGCAAGGUCAGCACCCACCGAGUAUCGCCAGGCGGUGGAGCGGCUGGCAAGGCUGUUCAGAGUUAGCUGCUUAUACUUAGAGAUUCUUACCCAGGUCAUAAAUAUCUGGACCGGCACCGUAAUCCCGAAACCUAUCUGGUUAAGAGACCGCCAGCCCACUGUAAGCAAACGUCUCAGACGUGCCCAGUACCAUGCCUCCUAAACAAAAAAAUAAAUAAGACCGACUUCAUUAACCAGCACCAACACUAAAAAGUAAAAAAUAAUUUAAUUUAUUAUUAAUAUUAUGUAUACAGGAGGUAAUGUUGUUCUAUAUUAAAAUUUUUGGAGUCGGUGCCAAUUUGGGGUCACAAAAUACGAAGCGUGGACGGUUCGUACGGCUAAUUGGCACCGGCUCUAAUAAAUGUUAAUAUAGAACUACAUUAACUCCUGUACACGUAGUGUAUUUAUUAUGUAAUAAAUUAAAUGUUUUUUUUUUUUACUUUUUAUUGUUUGUGGUUAUUGAAGUCGUUUUUUAUUUUUUUAUUUAGAAUUUUUUUUUUUAAGUCGCUAGUAGUUUAGCUAGCGUACACUUUUGAUUUUGUCAAGUUUAUUACAGUUUCUAAUUAGUAAAUUUACCAAUAAGAAACUAUUUAUUUAGAGUUUAUUUAACUCGAAAUAAAUAAUUGAUCUCUUUAGAAAGUUAUAUAAUAUUAUAUAAUAUAUUAUAUAGCUGUUACUAAUUGGUGGCUUUGGCCACUAUCGAUCUCUUUAGAAAGUUUAUUUUUUGUUAUUUAACUAAGUACUGAUUGGUGGAUUUGAUCCGGCGGACCACUGGCGGACUAUAAUAAGGACUUUUCACCCCUAAACAGAGAAAUAAUAUUUAUUAUGUAUUUUCAACAAAGAACACGUUUAUUAAUAUAAUUUUAUUAUUAUUAUUAUUUUAAUAACGCCUCUCCCCUCUCCUCAAGUGGAACCUCAAUCUAAAAUUUAUAUUUAUAUCUUGUAU